GCGCGGCCAGCCGUGGCGGCGGCGCACCGCGGGACUGAUAGUCGCAAUCAUGCCACCCUGACCUCACGCACAUUCCCGUAAGCACGGUGCGUGUGUCGACGUCGCAAGGAGAAGAUCUCUCUCGUGCAUCCGUGGCGAGGAAAAGGUGGAUCUUUAUCGCGACAAUUUCAACGUCGACAACGACGGCGGCGACGGGGACGACGACGCGACGACAACGACGACGACAAAAGUGACGUCGGCGACGGCAUCUCCGACGCGUACGCGCACGGCCGAGCGGGGAGGAUCGACGUCGCACGGGAAGACCGGCCGGUCGGAAACGACUCGCCCGUUCUGAGAUCUCGUGGAGGCGGGCGUGAGAAGGCGGCGGCGAAGGCGACGAAGGCGACUGCGGCGUCGGAAGAGAAGGUGGAGGAGAAUGGAGCGAUAUCCAGGGCAAGACGCGUGCGGACGUUACUGACGAGCGAGUACGAACACGAUCAAAACGACGACGACGAUCACGACGAGGACGAAGACGAGGGAGACGAAAAAAUUGAAGCGGAGGAGGAAGAGGAGAAGAAGAAGGAGGAGGAGACGAGGGACGAGGGAAGUGUGAAAACGAACGACAGUGCCCGCGGUAGCCGCGAGAGAUGCAGCAACAACCACACUCCGGCCAGCAAUCGUCCGGAGCACCAAACGGGGUGGCGGGAGGUGCCCAAUUGCCACCGCAAACAGGUGGUAUAAGCCCGGCGCAACCUGGCGCGACCGGCACCGCCACCGCGGCGUCUAAUCGCGCGCAGGUCAACGGGGGUAGAUUCGAUUUCGACGAUGGCGGGACCUACUGCGGCGGCUGGGAGGACGGCAAGGCCCAUGGUCAUGGUGUGUGCACCGGGCCCAAGGGUCAGGGAGCCUACUCCGGCAGCUGGCACUUUGGCUUCGAGGUAUCCGGCGUCUACACCUGGCCUAGCGGGUCAGCUUACGAAGGACAAUGGCAGAACGGCAAAAGACAUGGCUUGGGCAUGGAGACUCGUGGUCGUUGGCUUUAUCGGGGAGAGUGGACUCAAGGCUUCAAGGGUCGUUACGGAGUCCGGCAAUCCACUACCUCCACAGCAAGAUACGAAGGUACAUGGUCCAGCGGCCUCCAGGACGGAUACGGCUCCGAGACUUACGCCGACAGCGGUACUUAUCAAGGCCAAUGGCUUCGCGGCAUGCGACAUGGAUACGGGGUGAGGGCGAGCGCGCCGUUUGGUUUGGCGAGCCACUACAAACCACCAAAGCAAGUGAGAGCGUCCUUGACGUCGUUAAGGAGCGCCGACGGAGGACCAGCAGUAGCCCCGACGCCGGAACCAACCGACAGGAGGGAUCGUCGAGUAGACGACAGCCGAGGAGGAUUCGUCCUGAAAGCCAGGAGCGAUGAUCCUCCAGCCCGGAGAAAGAGCCUUACCGAAAAGUCCUUGAAGAAAGGCAUACUCUCGGGUCUUAAGAUACGGAAGCAAAGAAGCACGGGGGAUCUGGAAAAGCGUGGCACUGGCGGCAGUAUUAGGAGUAAUGCCAGCUCGGCGUCGUGGAUGUCGACGGAGAGCUCGCAAAGUCAAGCCUCGGCGUCGGUUCAUACAGACAGUAAUGCGUCUUUUGUCAUCGAGGACGAGCAGAUGGACGCGUCGGUGACCGAGACGUAUCUUGGCGAGUGGAAAAACGACAAGAGAACCGGCUUCGGGAUAUCCGAGAGAAGUGACGGGCUGCGAUAUGAGGGCGAGUGGUUCAACAAUCGCAAGUACGGUUACGGCGUGACGACGUUCCGGGACGGCAGCAAGGAGGAAGGAAAAUACAAGAACAACGUUCUUAUCACCAGCCAGAAGAAGAAGCAUCUCUUCUUGAUCAGGUCCGCUAAGUUCCGCGAGAGGAUAGAAGCGGCGGUGAACGCCGCGCAGAGGGCGAGCAAGAUUGCCCUGCAGAAAGCCGACAUUGCCAUCUCCAGGACAGCGACAGCGCGAGGAAAGGCUGAACUAGCGGAUAUCGCCGCAGAACACGCUAGAGAAGAUUCCGAGUUGGCGCAACAAACAGCUCGGCAGUUUGCACCGGACUUCCGGCAACCGGGCUUGGAAAGGUUGCGAAACAGGGAGAUACCGAAGUACGUGCCACCACCACAAGAUAUGGUACCCGGCAAGAGUAUUCUGCACAAAACGACCAGUGUGGAUCACCCUGGCGGCGUUACACCGGUCAAGAGUGUCUCGUCGACCGUCGAUUCUACGACGACGACAACGACGACGACGACGAUAACGAACACGACGUCGGUGAUAAAUACCACCGCCAGCAGCGUGAUGCAGGCGAUACGUAGGGCCAGUAUGAAGCCGCUGCCGCAGAACCAGUUGUCGCCGACGCAAAACCAGAUACCGAAUCAGAUGCCGCACCAAGUGUCCAUGAACCAGCUGAACGCGCAGAAUCCGUAUCAGCAGUAUCCGCAGAACGUGUCGCAGAACCCGGCUCCGGCGAGCCAGUACACGAGCCAGUAUCCGAACAGUAUAUCGAAUCAGUACCAACCGAAUCAAUACAGCCAGCAGAAUCAGUUCGCCCAGGGCAGUCCAUAUCAGUCGCAGUAUCAGUCGGCUAAUCCAUCGCAGGUUGAUCAGUACUCCGGUUAUCAGCAACAGCAGCAACAGCCACAACAGCAACAGCAACCAAUCGGGCCGCACGGCUUCCAAAAUUUGCAGGCUUAUCCCAGUCAGCAGAUCUUGUAUCCGCAUCUGCCGGUUAUGUACGAUCCAAUGACAUUCGCCCAAAUGAAUCAAUUUGGAGCGCAGCUUUAUGGUACGGCACUACCAAACCAAUAUGGACCUGGCCAGACGAAUCAGUACAUUUCACAGUCGAUGUACACGCAGCAACAAUACCAGCCUGAUGGUAUCAUAGAUGCAGCGAGACCACCGAGUUCCACGAGUUUACGAAGAAAUAGUAGAAUCCUGAAUCCUCAGGAUCGACCUGGUACUAUCGGUCAAACGUUAAACGACAGGUUGGAUCACUACAAGAGGCCACCUAGUCGUGACAGUUCCGUAGAUCGUUAUGCCAGAGCGCAUUCCCGGUUGACUGGAUCGAGACAGCCAUCCGUUGACAAAACCAUAUCUAAUCCACCCUCGGACAUGCUUGACAGAUCGACGAGAGCCCCGAGUAUGAUCCGCGGGGGAACGCCAUUGAACGGUUCCGUAGUAGGUAGCGGCGCCGCGACGCCGACGUAUACGGCGCCAACUCCCAACCAGUUCGAAGGGGCUCUUCUGAAGAAUCGUGGCCUUGGACAAGACAUUCUGCCGAGUCCUGGGCAGCCUAAGCGUACCGAGAGCCUUUACGUAGCUCAGACUCGCGGUCCGUCCAUUUCCGGGGGCGGCGGUGGCGGUGGUGGUGGUGGUGGUGGUGGCGGCGGCGGCGGCGGCGGCGGCGGUGGCGGUGGCGUCAUGCCGAAGGACGCAGGCCGGACGGUCCCCGCCUUCGCCGCAACGUCAAAGGGCCGCGCAACCCUAUAAGUAUAAGUAUCAAAUAUGUAUAAAAACAGAGCGAUGGCAUACAAUUGCGUUGCGUUUCGAGUUUCGAGCAAACCGGCUGAAAAUCAUAAUCCGAUCCCGAGCCGCUUCCGCCCAAUACCAACAAACCCCGGCGUUGAAUUAAGUUCCGAUAACAGCCUCCUGUCUCGGAGGCAGUUUUUUGAAUAUUAGCGUUGCUGAAAUCGACUUCGCGGGAAUCGACGAUAUUUUUCGAUAAAUCUACGUGUUUUUCGUAUGUUAUCCAGACUAAUACGCAGCAGAGUCGAACAGCCAGCCUGAACGUUGUGCCCGAACAAUAAAAUUGUGAUCAAUGUUUGCGCAGACUUGCGCGCGGAGUCGUAUUUAUUUGGUCCUCAAUUGCAUUUUCGCGAUAUGCGCAUUUGUUCGAUGUACAAUGAAAACAUGAGGCAGGUUUCCAGUUCGGGGCCUUAAAAGAAAGAGGGGAGGGUUUUUUAAUAACGAUUAUUUUGAGGAAACUCAUUGGUGCUAUGUUAUGGGGUUUGAUGAGAUGAAAACACUUGUACCUGGUGUAGAUUGCUAUUAACUGCUAAUUGUUAACUUCACCGCGAUGUCAAACAAAAAAGAGACACUCAUUGAUAGACUAGCGAUCAAGGGAAACGCAUUCGAGACAAGUGAUGCAUAUUUAUGAGACAUACUUAUUUUUCUAUAAUGACUGUGAGUAUAACAAACGACGUUGCCUAUUCGAACGAUCUAUUUACUGUCGACCCAAUCAUUGAUGUUAAUUCUGAAUUGAAUUUGGCUAAUAAGAACCUUGUUGUUACACAACAGAGUUCUAAAGUGCACGAAGAUAAUGUGUCCCGUUUAAUUCGCUGCAAAAGAUAACACCGCUAUGAUAAAGAGAACAUAAUUCAUUCUAGGAUUAAAUAAACGGUGAUUGAAGCCGAAAAGAAUAGUAAAGCUUAAAGGUUUCGAGAUAUCUUAGAUCGUGUUUCGUCUUGGUUGAGAAAGAGAAUCGUUAUUGAGAAAUCAAGAAACAUUAUUGAGAAACAGAAUUAUAUACGCAAUUUGUUGCAGACCUCACAAUAUGCGCUCGAAAAUGCAGAUUGGCAACGACAAUGUCUCGCCUCGUCGUACCGAUUCGAAAUAUGAUCUAUAACGCUCGUUAGGUAACAUGUGAGAGCAUCGACGGACCAGUCAACGAACAAUAAGAUGUAACACUAUACAGUUCCUUUCAGCAGGAAGAAGCAACUAAAUGCCCUCCGAUAUUUACUUUUCCGUUCCACUCGAUACAUUGUAUCAAGUAAAGCGAGAGAUUAUUAAGUCAGAAGAAUGCGAGAAUAUAGCUACACACCGAGUAUAAACGGAGAUGUCUGUGUAAUGUAUAUAUGUACAAUGUGUGUAUAUGUAGAGAGAAAUACACUUGCACGGAACCGACUCUAAUUGUAAGUAAGUCUAAAACCGGAAUAACAUGUGAGUCGGUUCCUCACUUUGUGUAAAAUGACGGAGGAGUGAAUGACUCCAGUCAUUCAAUCAAUUCUGCUACACGUUACGUGUGACAUCCCGUUUCUUGCGAAACUGUCCAAAACUGUUGAAAGUUAGGAUUUACGUGACUUGCAUGCGCACAUGUACAAACGCGCCACACACACACACACACACACACACACACACACACACACACACACACACACACACACACACACAUAUGUGCCAAGCUAAUGCCGGCACACACAUCCAUUAACAGCGCUAAUUGACGGAAGGUAAGCCUAUAGCGCGCGGCGUGGAGGCGGGGACCAUUUUACUCUUCGAUUCUGUUUUAACCUUCUUUAACCAUAUUUUAAGUCUCUUUCAAAACCACCCUCCCGCCCCUGUCGAACCUAGUCGCUAGUCACCCUUCCUAGAUUAACCGCCUAGAUUACUCGACCGAUCAAUACUGCUCAAUUUGUACUGUCGGAUAUUGCUAAUUUAGUUUCAUCUCUCUGUGUUCACAUUAUCGCAACUUGAAUAAUUUGUGUCGACUUAUUACAGAUUACUGUCGCUAAUGAGACUAUUUAUUAUCUUCUAUUAAUUGCUAAGCCUUCCGGCGAGUUUUACGAGAAACUCGUUCUCUCUUAUUCACCACCUCCACGCCGUUUUUUCCUGUCUUUUUUUUCUUUUUUUUUAAAGUUGUUUUCUCUGACGCAUGCUUGUACGAUAUUAUGAAUUUGAAUCUACAUAGCGCCAUAGUGUACAAAGAUUUGUCAAAACGAAAGUAAUCACGGAGGAGAGACGUUCGAUACAUAAAACGAGAGCCUUUAAGCACGCAGGAUCCUAAUUAGAUCUAUGAUCUUAAUCGUCAUUGCCCCGAUAUAGUGUAUAUAUCCGUGUUAUAUCGUGCCGUGUGUUACUUGUUUCACGUCGCGCAUACAUACAAACCAUCGCGCAGAAUAAUUUGUCGUCCAAUGUUAACUUAAAGACAGAGGAAGAUACGUGCCGAGUGCAGAAGCUUAUUUUAUAUAUAUGAGAGAAAUAAACGCUCAAAACGAGAGAGAAAGAAAGAAAGAACUGAAAAUACGAACUUUCUACGACCGCUUGUGUUAAGUAUAUUUGUAUACCGUCUAUUCUUUAUAUAUGAAGAUCUCCAGAUUACAUGCCGAAAGCAUUCCAUACGAAUAAGGCUAAUACUUGAAUUUAUAUGCCGAUAUUAUGGCGAAAUUAUGGACGAUAAUAACAUAUUAAGAGAAGACCAUCGAUGAUGGACUUUGCCAAUGAUACCUGCAACUGUGAGCCUAAUUUUUAAACGGUGUAUAUAAACAGAAUAUAAAAUGAUGAAUUCUAAUUUCGAUUAGAAAUUAUUAAGAAAUUAUCGCACAAACACAUACGUGACGGAAUACUCUUCGAGGUUUAAUUAAACUAUAAAGUAGUACUCGCUAUUUUCAUACAGGGUCAAUUUAAAAAUUUUUAAUACACGUGCGUUCAGUCACAAGACAAUAACGCCACUUGCGCAAAAAAAAAA